CCACUUCGCUCUACUUAAACUCAGACACGACCACAUCCUCCCCAGAUCCAACCCACUUCCCACUACUACUCCAUUUACAAGCCACCAUGUCACCAGCUACCACCUCCCUCUUCCCUUCUCUUGCCCUCUUCUUCCUCCUCUUCUCCACCUCAAAUGCUCACAACAUCACCCGCAUCCUCGCCAAGCACCCCGAAUUCUCCACCUUUAACCACUACCUCACCGUCACUCAUUUGGCUGCCGAGAUCAACCGUCGCCAAACCAUAACUGUACUCGCCCUCAACAAUGCCGCCAUGUCAUCUCUCUUAUCUAAACAGCUCUCCCUCUACACCCUCAAGAAUGUCCUGUCUCUCCAUGUGCUCGUCGACUACUUCGGUUCCAAGAAGCUUCACCAGAUUACGAAUGGAACAGCUUUGACCUCCACCAUGUUCCAGGCUACCGGUGCUGCUCCUGGUUCCUCAGGCUACAUCAACAUAACCGAUCUUAAAGGCGGAAAAGUGGGAUUCGGGGCUGAAAAUAAUGACGGAAAACUCGAUGCUGUUUACGUUAAAGCCGUAGCAGAGCUUCCUUACAACAUCUCUGUCUUACAAAUCAGUCAGCCGUUAAAUUCAGCCGAAGCGGAAGCACCAACCGCAGAGCCAAGCCAGCUUAAUCUGACAGCGAUAAUGUCGAAGCAAGGAUGCAAGGCGUUUGCAGAUUUAUUGAUAUCUUCAGGAGCCGAUGCGACAUUCAACCAAAACAUCGAUGGAGGUUUAACUGUGUUUUGCCCGACCGACCCAGUCAUCAAGGAUUUCAUGCCCAAAUACAAGAACUUGACAGCAUCCAAGAAAGCGUCCCUGCUGUUGUACCACGGCAUUCCCGUGUAUCAGUCCAUGCAGAUGCUGAAAUCCAACAAUGGGAUUAUGAACACACUGGCGACGGAUGGAGCAAACAAGUACGAUUUCACCAUUCAAAACGACGGCGAGGUGGUGACAUUGGAGACUAAAGUUGUGACUGCAAAGAUUACAGGGACUUUGAAGGAUGAGGAGCCAUUGAUUGUUUUCAAGAUUAAUAAGGUAUUGUUGCCUAGGGAGUUGUUCAAGCCAGCGGAGGAUGUGGCUGAUUCACCAGCUGAAUCACCAAAGCCAUCCAAGUCCAAGCACAAGGUGGUGGCCGACUCCCCGGAAUCCGACGCACCGAGUGAUCCAGCUGAUGAUCAGACCGCAGAUAAUGAAAAUGGGGUUGCGGGAUUGGACGGUAGGAGAUUAGUGAUGGUGUUGGUGAGCUUCUGCAUUGGGGUAUUAUUGAUGUGAAUAUAGUCAUAUACUGAUAAAGAAGUACUUACCAGAUCGAUAGAAAUUGCAUAGGCCAUGUGACAAGGAGCAAUGGUGUCCUUACUUGAAAAUUUUCUUUUGUUAUCUUUUUCAUUUGUUUGGUGGUUUGUGAGCGAAAGAGCAAUAAGAAAUUCAGCCCCACUUGCAUGAGUCAUUUUCUGUA